UCUUCCUCUGCUCCUUCGGAUCCCUAUAUCUUCUGAGGAUCGUCCCUAUCUCUCUCUUUGCAUUCCUCUAUCUCUCUCUUCCUUUCUCUGAUCGGCAGGAGAUUCAGAGAGUUAAUUAGGCCUCUCCGAUUCUUUGGAAUCAGAAUCAUUUGCGGAAGAUCGGUCUGGAGAUAGGGGUUUCUUCUCGGAGUUGCUGGAGUUCUCUGAGAGUUCGCUUCCAGAGGCUACCGGUUGAUAGCUUUGUUCCUUUUCCUUGUCUCGGAUAUCAUGCUUGUUAAACUUGUACCCUCUGUAAUCAUUUGCUGCCGAAUGUUUUGUUCUCCGGGGUAGUACCAAAAGAGCGUUUUGGUCAGCAUCUCAACAUCACUUAGAAUUGAGUGUGUUCAUCUGGCUCCUUUUUCCUGCAUAAAAACUCAAAUAAGCAAGUGUAAAUCAGAACCUUUAUUUGAUCUUCCUACCUAGGAGUCUGAAACUUUGGGGUUUUGUAGUACAGCCACCCGCCCCAAGUAUGAUAAGACAAUAACGUAUUUAGUUUCAGCAACUUUACUUCGCACAAAUGUUAUUCUGGGGAGCAUCCUUGGUCUUUCUGGAAGAGCCUGUCUAUUACUUGGCUUAUAUCAUCCAUAAAGGUGAACGUUGUAAUGUUUUCCAUCCCGUACUGGAGUAUUGAGUGCAUUGAUGACUUGUGACAAGCAACAACCAUGGAACAUGCACCUGAGAAGAAAUUUCCAGUCAGUUCAAAAGAUUACAAACUAUAUGAAGAAGUUGGUGAAGGUGUCAGUGCGACAGUAUACAGGGCUCUUUGUGUUCCACUUAAUGAAAUAGUUGCUAUCAAGGUUUUGGACCUGGAGAAGUGCAAUAAUGACCUGGAUGGAAUUCGACGUGAAGUGCAGACUAUGAGUUUGACAGAUCAUCCUAAUCUCCUAAAAGCACAUUGCUCUUUCACGAAUGACCAUAGCCUUUGGGUUGUAAUGCCUUAUAUGGCUGGAGGCUCUUGUCUUCAUAUAAUGAAAUCUGCUUAUGCGGAAGGGUUUGAAGAACCUGUUAUUGCAACAUUAUUACGUGAAGUGCUUAAAGCUCUCGUUUAUCUUCAUAGUCAUGGGCACAUUCAUCGGGAUGUUAAGGCAGGGAAUAUUUUACUUGAUGGCAACGGUGCUGUAAAGCUAGCGGAUUUUGGAGUUUCAGCUUGCAUGUUUGAUACUGGUGAUAGGCAACGGUCACGGAAUACUUUUGUAGGAACUCCAUGCUGGAUGGCUCCUGAGGUAAUGCAACAACUACAUGGCUAUGAUUUUAAGGCAGACAUUUGGUCUUUUGGAAUAACAGCUUUAGAGCUUGCUCAUGGUCAUGCACCUUUUUCUAAAUAUCCCCCAAUGAAGGUGUUACUUAUGACCUUGCAAAAUGCACCUCCAGGACUUGACUAUGAACGAGACAAAAGAUUUUCAAAGUCUUUUAAAGAAAUGGUAUCUGCCUGCUUAGUAAAGGAUCCAAGGAAGCGUCCAUCAUCUGAGAAGCUUUUAAAGCAUCACUUCUUUAAACAUGGGCGAUCUAAUGAGUAUUUGGCAAAGACGAUUCUUGAUGGUCUUGCUCCCCUUGGUGAUCGAUUUAGGACAUUAAAGGCAAAGGAGGCUGACUUUCUUGUCAAUAAUAAGAUCCGCUAUGGAGAUAAAGAGCAAAUGUCACAGCACGAAUAUAUUCGUGGAAUUAGUGGAUGGAAUUUUAAUCUGGAAGAUUUGAAAAAUCAAGCUGCCAUUAUGCAGGACCCUGAUGAUGUUUCUAGUGUGAAUGAUUUGGAUAUGAAUGUAAACACAAAGGAGAUGUUUAAUGACCAAGAUGAUGGGGGGAGUGCAUUGUCUUCCGAGAGCAAAGACGAUAUCAGGGAUACUGCUUCAAAAGAGGAGGGUGGUCGUAAUCUACUCAGACACAGCUCUCUGCCUUCUUUUCCUCUUCGGCCUCUUCAGGCACUCAAAGGGUAUUUUGAUAUUUCUGAAGAUGAGGUGAAUACAAGCAGUCCUUCUUGGAAAGAAGAUGGUGAGUCUUAUCCAGAGCAACUGUUUCAGAUACAAAGGACGCAAGCUGUAGAAGAGCAAGAAAUUAGGGAGUGUGAUGAUGACAACCUUGAAAGAAAUUGCACUUCAUCAAGAAACACUGGCUUUAUUCCUGGACAGGGUCAAAGAUUCUUGAGUGGUUCACUUAUUCCAGAACGUGUUUAUGCCCAAACUAAAGGUGGCACUGGAGAUGGAGAAAGGGAGCACAUACAACUGAGAAAACCACCUGAGCGAAAUUUUAGUGGUCCUUUGCUCCAGCGCCACAAGCGAAAUGGGGAUAUCCAGCAAGCAGCAAGCUUGCAGUCACUGGGAGAUACAUCUGAAGGAACGGUUGUACAGCAUAAGGGGCGUUUCAAGGUCACAUCAGCUGAGAAGGCUAUCACAUUAACGAAUUCCCUGCUUAAUUCUACUUCUGGGUCUCCAAGCUCUGCCACCAUAUUAUCAUCAAUUCUUCCAUCUCUGCAAAAUAUUUUGCAUCACAACACAUUGCAAAGGGACCAGAUAAUUAAAUUGCUUAAGUGUGUGGAGCGGAGUUCAGGAAAUCUGUCUGAUACUGCUCUAGUCAAUGCCAGUGACAUCCCAAUGGCCCCUUCAACUUUUGGUAGAGAAAAGGAAUUGCAGUCACAGGUGAUUCAACUACAACAAAGAAUUGGUGGUCUUGCUGAAGAGUUGCAAAAGUUGAAGAUGAAAAAUGCUCAGUUGGAAAGGCAAUUGAGUGUUUCAUCAAAUGUGGAAGAUGAUAGGCUAUAGUAUGAGGGCACAAGAACCUUUUUAUCAAACCCCAAGCAACAGAGGCGUUGAUGCUCCAACCUUGAGGACUAUUGCAGAUGUGUACAUUCCAUGAUUCUGCUUCUGUAUUCUCCAUGUAUUUUGUAUAAAAAUAACUCUUAUGGGUGAGGUCUUUUUGUCCAAUUUUGCGAGGGUUCGUGAAGUCCUGGAACAUUCCAUAUUGUAAUCUUAUUUAUUAUCUUAAUGAUGAUAUAGUGGAGUAGCUGUCAAACACAUGCUGCUCAAUUUAGAAUGUCUUGCAAAA